CGAUGCCACCAGCAAGGAAACGGGGAGGAGAGCGUUGCAGCAGCAAAUCAAAGGCUGGCGAGGGAGGAAGGGAUUGUUUUCCACGCAGGAUGAGCUUGGGAAAUGCAUCCCAUGAGUGAAGGCUGGCCCUGGGGCUGGCCAGGACGGUAUAAAACCCCCUGUGAGGGCAGGAGACCUCAUCCAGCUCUCCUGCCUUCUCCUCCUCGGUGACACAGGUGUUCCUGCAGCCACAGCCAUGUCCUGCUACGACCUGUGCCGGCCCUGCGGCCCCACCCCGCUGGCCAACAGCUGCAACGAGCCCUGCGUGCGGCAGUGCCAGGACUCCCGUGUCAUCAUCGAGCCGUCCCCCGUGGUGGUCACCCUGCCCGGGCCCAUCCUCAGCUCCUUCCCGCAGAACACCGCCGUGGGCUCCUCCACCUCGGCCGCCGUGGGCAGCAUCCUGAGCGAGUCCGGGGUCCCCAUCAACUCGGGGGGCUUUGGGCUCUCGGGGAUCCCCGGCCUUGGUGGCCGCUACUGCGGCCGCAGGUGCCUGCCCUGCUAGAGCCGGGCCGGACGUGCGGCCGCUGCCUCCGCCAGGACGGCCCGAGCCAGGGGCCGGCCUGAGGCUGGAGCUGCUGGCCGGCGUUUCCAGAGCCCUCGGGCCCCUCCAGCCCUCUGGCCAAGAGGGAGAGAGGGA